AUGUCCAUUAAUGCCAGCAAGACCAAGCUUAUGACAUUCAAGAGAACCACCUCCUCAAUUGAUUUCAACUACUCCCUUGAUGACAAGCUUCUUGAUCAUUGUACAUCCAUCAAAGAUCUUGGAAUAGUUCUCGACUCCUCUUUUGGCUACAGUCUCCAUAUUGACCAAUUAUGCUGCCGAGCGUCUGGUAUGAUUGGGCUGAUUAUGAGAACUGCUAGGCAUGGCCACGGCUCUAAUGCUCUUGUACUCCCCUACAAGUCCCUUGUCCUCCAGCUGCUCGAGUACGCUUCAGUUGUUUGGUCUCCUUACCAAGUGGGCCUCAUUGACAGACUGCAGUCCGUGCAAAAUAAAUUCCUUAGGUAUUUGCACUGGAGAGAGCCUGAUAGGCCUCUGAACUUGCUUCGGCUACAUCCACUGGUCGUUAGAAGGGAGGUUGCAGAUGUUGUCUUUCUUUAUGAGUUUCUCAACUUUGUGGUAGUCUGCCCCCCUCUUUUAGAGCGAAUUGCUUUUCGUCUCCCUUCUGGCACAAGGUCGCGCCGCCUCUUCGAGCUGAGCCACUUAAACCGCAACGAUCUCCAGAGCCUAAGAGUCAGUCAGGCAACUCUCUUCUCCAAAACAGCAUUCCUCAUGACCUCACUUCGCAGCACUAUCCCGACCACGGCUUCUGCUGAGACAUCACCGAUGUCACAGUGA